GGCCAUGGCGCGGGGAGCGGACGGAGCAUCUUGGCUGCAGUGUUUUUGUCUCUGUCAGAGAGCGCCCCUGGGCCGAGGCGGCUGAGAGGAUUUACAGAGGACAGGUUUUGGUACUAAAGAAGGGGCAGCAAAGGACUGGAGAGCCGAGGUCCUGUUCCUGCGGCUACAGUAACUGGUAAGAGUUUGUGGGCGACUCUGGGACCGGUGGCCGCAGACGCAGGAUGGCUGAGGUGUUGCGUAUGGAUCCCACUUUUCCAGGGAAACUCAACCCGCCUGCUCCCGCUUCACUUCAUGGCAAGGAACAGGAGGCACCUUACUCAGUGGAGACCCCCUAUGGCUAUCGUCUGGACCUAGACUUCCUCAAAUACGUCAAUGACAUUGAGAAAGGCAACACGAUUAAGAAGGUGCCCAUCCAGCGGCGGCCACGGUACGGCUCCCUGCCUCGUGGUUAUGGUUAUGCAGGCUCAUGGUGGACCUCCACAGAGUCUCUGUGCUCCAAUGCCAGCAUGGACAGUCGGCACUCCUCCUUCUCCUACUGCGCCCCUGGAUACCACACCACCCAGAGGAGCGGCUUCAGCACGGCACGUGUGGAGAAGACCCUCCUGGACGCUCGCAAGAGGCUGGAGGAGGAGAAGGACAACCGCAGGUUCUCCAACUUGGGCAGCAUGAACAGCAGUGUGGCCGGCUCCAACACCUCCAUCAGCAGUGCACAGAGCUACAACAGAGCACAUGGAGCAGGGGGAUCCUUCACCCCCCUGAGCUCAGGACUGUCCACUCCUGUCACCCCCACCCCCGCCCAUCUGCAGCAUGUGAGGGAGCAGAUGGCCGCAGCCCUCCGCAAGAUCAAGGAGCUGGAGGAGCAGGUCAAGACCAUCCCAGUGCUGCAGGUGAAAAUCUCUGUGCUCCAGGAAGAGAAACGGCAGCUCAGUGUUCAGCUCAAGAGCCAAAAGUUCUUAGGCCACACUCUGAGCUUUGGCCGAGGCCGUCCCAGAGGGGAGCUCUACAUCGAUAUUCCAGAAGAAGAUGUUAGUACUGGGGCUAAGGGCAGCAGUAAGCUGGCCUCGCAGCUGUCUCCCACAUCUCCAGAAGCCACCAAACAGGACUCGGGCUGUGAGAUUGAGGACACAGUUAUUGUAGCUGGGGCACGGCUGAAUGCAAAGAGGGAAGUGCGCACCAUCGGAGUAGGACCAGAGGGCGAGCAAGGGAAAAGGCACGUCGGAGUCGGAGUUCACGAGGAGGAUCUGGGGCUUGUCCCAGAGACUCAGGCCUUAAAGUCCCAGGUGGGACAUCUGGAGGGACAGUUAGAGAGGACAUUGCAAGAGCUGCAGGCUGCACAGAGAUUGGCAGAGCAGGUUCAGAGGGCCCCUCUGGCAGAGCACCCUGUCAUGGCCACCAGCACAGGCUGGCAGGAGCCAGCAGGGGGCAGUCUACACACAUUAGUCAGCUUCACACAGCAGUCUGAGCAGAAAGAGCAGAGAACUGUGGGCAUCCAGGUGUAUACUCUGGAGCAGCCCACAGUGGUGGAGGUAGGCACACUGCUCCGAGCCCAAACCUGCCAAUAUCCAUCUGCUCCACCAGAACCAGAGGUCCAGCAGAGGCAACCUGAAGGUGGUCCCGUUGAGUUGCCGCUUGCUGUCAGUUCAGUCCAGGUACGAGACGUCUUGAAGAGUGAGCUGUCUACUUCAGUUCCUGUGGCUCUUCCAGUCAUUGCUGUUGGUGCAGCAGUGAAUCAGAGCAGCACCAUCAACAUAAAGGAACGGGAGGUUCAAAUGAUUUCAACUGCAGAAGUCCAGUCAGAGGAGAACUCCUCAAAGACAGCUUCACCCAAUUCUUCUCUAAGGUCAAUAAUGAAAAGGAAAGCAGAGGGCAAACCAGGAUCUCCUUCCACAAAGAAAAACCUACAGUUUACAGGAGUAAAUGGAGGUUAUGAAUCUACAUCAUCAGAAGACAGCAGUAGUGAGAGUUCAGAUGAAGAGAGCGACUCCAGUGAAUAUCAUGAAGCCAGAGAAAAACUGCCAGAAUCCACAAUCCCACACCAGCAGAUAAUGCACACACUAGAACAGGACAACAACAGUGUACCUCAAAAAACAGCCACAGACCCACCAGCUAUCUGCCAAGGCCAGCAAACUCCCAACCAGUCUCCAAAUGUGGACACAAAACUGCCAGAAGAAGUUGUCCAUUCACCAGCACCGGAGACUAUAGGAAAGACAAGCAAACCACUGCCACCCCCUCCAGACGCAAGCAGGCUUAUUUCUAAAGAUAUUGUCAGCCAAUCAGAGCUAAAGCCACACAUCACACAAGAAAUAUCCACUACUAUAACAACCACUGCAUCCGAACAAGGAUCUGAAAAUAUAUCAUAUCCAGAACAACCAUGUGUUAUUGAGGCUAAGCAGCAUUUAACUGUCUUAUCAGAAACAGCUGUACAUUCUGACCAAUCUGAAAACCAUUCUAGUCAACCAGAGUCUGAACCAGAAGGGGCUACAACCAAUAUCGGCCUACCACCACCUAAACCACCCAGACUGGAGUUGAGUGACAGCCUCUUGUCAGCGUUGUAUGCCCUGCAGAAAGCUCUGGGGGACCCAAAUGCUUUCAGCCAACAAGAAGCACGGACAGCUUACACCACCGUCCUACAGGAGUGGCUGCGUGUGUCCUGUCACAAGGCUGCAGACCCCCUUAUGGUCAAAGGAUACAUGGACACCUUCGCCACAGUGUCCCCUCAGCUGCUGGAGUUUAUCAUCAACAUGGCUGACGGCAAUGGGAACACAGCCCUGCACUACACUGUCUCUCACUCCAACUUCCCCAUAGUCAAACUACUGCUCGACACAGGGCUGUGUAAUGCUGACAAGCAGAACAAGGCGGGCUACACGGCCAUCAUGCUCACUGCCCUGGCUGCUUUUCACUCCGACAGCGACCUGGAGACUGUGCUGCAGCUGUUACGCACUGGGGACGUCAACGCUAAGGCCAGCCAGGCUGGUCAGACGGCUCUGAUGCUUGCGGUCAGUCACGGUCGCGGGGACAUGGUGAGGGCGCUGCUCUCCUGUGGGGCUCAGGUGAAUAUUCGAGAUGACGAUGGCUCUACUGCUCUUAUGUGUGCCUGUGAACAUGGCCACGUCGAUAUCGUCCGCCAGCUUCUAUCUGUGUCUGGCUGCGACGCAACUCUCACCGAUAAUGAUGGCAGCACUGCUCUGUCCAUCGCCUUGGAGGCCAGUCAGAACGACAUCGCUGUGCUUCUGUAUGCUCACCUCAAUUUUGCAAAGCCUCCUUCUCCUGUUUCUCCAAAGUCUCCUCUCCUGGGCUCCUCUCCUCCAUCGAGUGACUUAAAGUGAACUGCCACUUCUCUCCAUUCUCCACUGACUGCUCAUAAUUGUCUAUUUUUGUCUUUGUAACAUGAAGCUAUGAGUUUUUACCCUGUGUAACUUAUGCACAUCAAUAUGCCAGCUUCACUUGAUGUUUUAAGUGUCCUCCUGUUUGAAGUCCAUAACAUUAUUUGUGGAAAUGUUACCUUCCAAUAACUAUGUUGUUUCUAGCACUGUUUAAACAGCACUUAAAGCCAAACUUGUUUACUGAAGUUAAUAGUGAAGUGUGUGUAAACCACUUCAUUCAAAAUACAUCCUUUACAAUACAUCAGUACAUAUAUGUCACAUAUUUUUUCAGAAUAGCAUUAGUUUUAUGUUUGAGUGUCAUCUGUCAAAUUCACAGAGAUGUGUCCUUGCAUCAACUGUCUUGGUGCUGCAAUAGAAAAACUUCAGUUCAAUACUAAAGCCAAUUUUAAAUAGUUAAUUUACUCAAGAUUAUUUUUUAUAUCGUUUUUCUGUAUGGCCUACAGUGAGAACAGUACUUUUUUACAGCCAGACUUUAUAAUAAAAAACAUGUUCACCAAGAAGCCCAAAUUUUAUUUACCUUUCUGAAUAUAGACAUAAUGACAAAAACGUGGUACUUAGCAGUUUUAUACAUGAAGGUUUUAUCAGUGGUAUCUCUGGAAGAAUUGUGUUUUGUAUUGAGAUUUUGUAUGUUACGAUUUUUAGAGCGUAAAAGAAAGAUUGAUAAAUACAAAAGAUACUGGAAAGAUUUGGCAGGGAUUCAGAAAGUUUCUCAACAUGAUUUGUAAGAUAUAAAUGUAAGAAUAAUAUAUGCCUACGUUUAGAGUCAAAUUUUUAAAGUAGUGUGUAAAGGCUAUUGAUGGAUUUGAAAUUUUUAUUCUAAAAAAAAAAAGUCACAUUUUUUGUAUCCUUCGGUUAUUGAAAUGUUAAAUUUUUUAUUUAAUAUCUAUCUUUUUACACAUUUAUAAUUUUCAAAAAUCUACAUUUGUAAUCGCACAGGGGAUUUAGUUUGUCAAGGUUUAUGUAGGAUUAUGUUUUUCAAUGUUCUAAGUUGUGCAUUUUGGAUAAUAAACACUAUAAAAU